AUGAAGUUACGUAUUCUAAAAAAACACUAUUAUGUGGUGUUUAUAUUGUGGUAUUUAUAUGACAUUAGUUGUUUUAAAUGUAUACGUUUGAAUCAUCGUAGUAUUUAUAAGAAUAAAUACAAGAAUAAUGUUCAUACAGGAACUAAUGAGAAUAUAACAAGUAUAGAAAAAUAUUCCAAUGUUUUAUGUAAUAGUAUAUUAUGUAAAAAUGAUAAAAUUAGUUCAUUUAUAAAUCAAAGAAAAAAUGUAGAUGAAGAUGAAAGUGAAAAUGAUGAUAUGUAUGAAUCUACUACAGCUGGGAGCUCAUCUGAAACUGAUGAAGAACAAAAUGAGGAUAGUAGCAAUGAUAAUUCUGAUGAAGAACAAAAUGAAGAUAGUAGCAAUGAUAAUUCUGAUGAGGAAAAUGAAGAACAAGAUAAAAAAAUAAAACAUUCAUUCAAUUUAGCAAACGAAAGCAAACACACAAAAGAAGAAAAAGUGAAGGAAGAAAAAAAAUUAAAAAUAUACGAUUUUAUAAAUGAUAAAGAAAAAAGAUUAAAUUCUAAUCGAGAAGAAAAUGAUGAAGAUAAUGAAGAAAAAGAUGAUGUGGAUGAAAAUACGUUAGCAAAUAGCAACGUUAUAAGUAAACAUACAUCAGUAUUCCCAGGUUUAUAUUUUAUAGGUAUAGGUUAUAAUUUACUUUUUGGUAAUCCAUUAGGAGAGGCUGAUUCAUUAAUUGAUCCAGGAUAUCGAGCUCAAAUUUAUUUAAUGGAAUGGGCUUUAAGUAAGGAAGGAAUAGCAAAUGACUUAUCAACAUUACAGCCACUAAAUGGAUGGAUAAGAAAAGAAAAUGCUUGUAGUAGAGUUGAAUCGAUCACUGAAUGUUCUAGUAUUUCAGACUAUACUAAAAGUUUAUCUGCAGAAGCAAAAGUAUCAGGUUCUUAUUGGGGUCUUGCCUCUUUUUCUGCCUCAACAGGAUAUAGUAGUUUUCUUCAUGAAGUUACCAAAAGAUCUAAGAAAACUUUUUUGGUUAAAUCAAAUUGUGUAAAAUAUACAAUUGGACUUCCACCUUAUAUUCCAUGGGAUAAAACUACUGCUUAUAAGAACGCCGUGAACGAACUUCCUGCUGUCUUCACAGGGCUAGAUAAAGAUAGUGAAUGUCCUUCAGAUGUUUAUGAAGAAAAUAAAACAAAAAAUAAUUGUGAAAAUGUUAGUUUAUGGAUGAAAUUUUUUGAUAUAUAUGGAACACACAUUAUUUAUGAAUCACAACUAGGGGGAAAAAUUACAAAAAUUAUAAACGUAAGUACCUCAUCUAUUGAACAAAUGAAAAAAAAUGGAGUUAGCGUAAAAGCAAAAAUUCAAGCUCAGUUUGGUUUUGGAAGUGCUGGAGGAUCUACUAAUGUAAACUCUAGUAAUUCCUCAGCAAAUGAUGAACAGAGUUAUGAUAUGAAUGAACAAUUAAUUGUGAUUGGAGGGAAUCCAAUUAAAGAUGUUACAAAAGAAGAAAAUUUAUUUGAAUGGUCUAAAACGGUUACUAAUCAUCCUAUGCCUAUAAAUAUAAAAUUAACACCUAUAUCAGAUAGUUUUGAUUCUGAUGAUUUAAAAGAAUCUUAUGACAAGGCUAUAAUAUAUUAUUCAAGAUUAUAUGGAUUAUCUCCUCAUGAUACUAUGCAAAAGGAUGACAAGGACAUAAUCAAAAUACUAACAAAUGCCGAUACUGUAACUAAGAAUAGUGCUCCUCCCAUUAAUGCUCAAUGUCCACAUGGAAAAGUAGUUAUGUUUGGUUUUUCCAUUAAACAAAAUUUCUGGGAUAACACAAACGCAUUAAAGGGAUAUAACAUAGAAGUAUGUGAAGCAGGUUCUAAUAGUUGUACCUCUAAGCAAGGAAGUUCAAAUAAAUAUGAUACAUCAUAUCUUUAUAUGGAAUGUGGUGAUCAGCCUUUGCCAUUUUCAGAACAAGUGAUCAGUGAAAGUACAUCAACAUAUAAUACUGUAAAAUGUCCAAAUGAUUACAGUAUCCUUUUAGGAUUUGGUAUAUCCUCUUCAUCUGGAAGAAUCAAUUCAGCUGAGUAUGUUUUUUCUACUCCUUGCAGACCAGGAAUGAAGAGCUGCUCCUUAAAUAUGAACAACAAUAACCAAAAAAGCUAUAUAUACGCAGUAUGUGUUGACACUACCAUAUGGUCAGGAGUAAAUAAUUUAUCGCUUGUUGCUUUGGAUGGAGCACAUGGAAAAGUAGACAGAUCAAAAAAAUAUAGUGACGGAGAAUUAGUAGGUACCUGUCCUUUAGAUGGUACUGUAUUAACAGGAUUUAAAGUUGAAUUUCACACUUCAAGUCCAUAUGUACAAACACCAUUUGAAAAAUGUGCCAAAAGUUUAAAAGCAUGUUCUGUUCAUGGUUCUGGACAUGCCAUAGGUAUACAAAAUUUCAAAUCCUUAUUUAUUUAUAUGCUUUGCAAAAAUAACAAAUGA